AGUUCAUCUUCGGAAGGUAAAUGAUAAAUCGUACGAGAAAAGGCGUGAACCAGCUUCGCUAGUGGGUGUGUAUAAACGCCAGGCUCCACUCACCAUGAGAAAGAGAGAGAGAGAGAGAGAGAGAGAGAGGGUCGGUGGAUGGCUUCGUCUCCGUCCAACUUAUCUGUUCUUUCUGAUACUAUCACAGGAAAUGGCAACGCUGACUGCUGCUUUCGAGUGAUUCGACCUCACUCUCGUGUCUUCUUCUGCUGUUGCCUCCAUGAGAGUGACUGUUUUCACCUUCACAAACAUGGCUUCUUGCAGGCGCUCUGCCUGCGACACCACCCGGUAGGAUGGAUUCAGAGAGGACAAUGGAGAAACGAUGGAGAAGCAGUUCAUCGCAGUGCGAGCUUAUGAUAGUUAGCGUUCUACCACGGUAAAAACUUGUCACAUCGGAACGUGGGAGUUUGAGAUCAGUUCAUUUAUUGUGUCAGACUCGGGACACAAUGAUCGAAUUCAUCACAUUGUCAAGUCCAAUCAAACGACUUUUGUGGGAUGGAGUUGAAAGAGGAGGAUAUAGACCGCGUAAAUGAAUCGGUGGGCGUAUGAAAGGCUCACUGCAGCUCUUCUUCCUUCAUGCAUAGCAAAAGAACUCCAUCGCUGCUGCCUCCCUCUCUGUUUCCGUCUUCGUGUGAUAGGCUCUGUGAUCUGCUGAGCCGCCGUAGCCGAGCUCGGCCAUGGGCGUUCAGCGCCACCGGCUUCGCCGCCUCUCCGCUGCCGUCGCCUUCUUCGUCUUCGUCGUAGCUCUCGGGAGUGCAUCGGUGGUAAUCGCCCAGGAAGCAGGAGACACAGGGCUUACGCUCUGGGAAAAAGAGAACCGGGUGCAAGUCUUGGUGGCUCGGAGGAGGCUCGGUGGCCCAGGCUCGUCGCCGCCGAUCUGCAGGGCUCGUUGCGGCCGGUGCCUCCCUUGCCGACCGGUGCACAUGGCGAUCCAGCCGGGCCGGAGCUUUCCGCUUGAGUACUACCCGGAGGCAUGGCGAUGCAAAUGCGGCGGCAAGCUCUUCAUGCCCUGACAGCAGAACACAAUUAAUGGCUGGUGACGGAAGAAGGGAACUCCAUCGAUUGGUUCUUCGUGACAUCGGUACAAAUCUAAGUUAUACUUCUUGCUGGUGAUCGGAUUUAAAAGUCUUAGUUGUUCUUGGCUCAGUUGAAGUCAAAAGUUUUGGAUUAGCUCUCUAUAAAUAUGAGGUAGAGUGAAGAGAGAUUGUUCUUCUCCUUUUUAGUUUGUUGAGGUAUACAAAUAUUUAGUCUUUGAACUAUCUUCAUUCUUUUUUUAUUUUUAGUUCAGUCUCUGUGCAUUGUUAGAGAGAGACUGAGAAGGGAGAAUUUAUUAGAGACAAUUGAGGGUGAAAAAAACAAUAACAUUUAUCAUAUUUAGUAAAUAUAUAUGGAAGUAUACUAUUCUGAAGACAGGGAAGAAAUACAUCAUAUUUUUAUUAAAUGACACCUUCCAUAUUAUGAAUGGUAUUAAGCUUAAUACGAAUGAAGCCUAAGAUCCUCUACAGAGGGCUGGUGGG